GUGGUCAUUGCCACAAAUAUUGCUGAAACUUCACUUACAAUUGAUGGUAUCUAUUAUGUAGUUGAUCCCGGUUUUGUAAAGCAGAAAGUGUACAACUCCAAGACAGGGAUUGACCAGCUGGUUGUAACACCAAUUUCUCAGGCCCAAGCUAAGCAACGAGCUGGAAGAGCAGGAAGAACAGGCCCUGGCAAGUGCUACCGACUCUACACAGAGCGGGCCUACCGUGAUGAGAUGCUGACCACCAAUGUGCCUGAGAUUCAGAGAACUAAUCUGGCAAGCACCGUAUUAUCUCUUAAGGCUAUGGGUAUCAAUGAUUUGCUGUCUUUCGAUUUCAUGGAUGCCCCACCAAUGGAGACUCUGAUCACUGCAAUGGAGCAACUGUAUACCCUGGGAGCUUUGGAUGAUGAAGGGCUGCUCACUCGACUGGGGCGCAGGAUGGCGGAGUUCCCACUGGAGCCUAUGCUUUGCAAGAUGCUCAUUAUGUCAGUGCACCUAGGUUGCAGUGAGGAAAUGCUCACCAUUGUCUCAAUGCUGUCUGUGCAAAAUGUUUUCUAUCGACCAAAGGACAAGCAAGCACUUGCUGACCAGAAGAAAGCUAAGUUCCACCAAACUGAAGGAGAUCAUCUCACACUUUUGGCUGUUUACAACUCCUGGAAGAACAAUAAGUUCUCCAAUCCCUGGUGCUAUGAAAAUUUUAUCCAAGCCCGCUCACUACGUCGUGCCCAGGAUAUUCGUAAGCAAAUGCUGGGAAUAAUGGAUAGGCAUAAGUUAGAUGUGGUAUCUUGUGGAAAAGCAACAGUACGAGUCCAGAAAGCCAUUUGCAGUGGUUUCUUCCGGAAUGCAGCCAAAAAGGACCCACAAGAGGGCUACCGGACCUUGAUUGAUCAGCAAGUGGUCUAUAUCCAUCCCUCAAGUGCCCUUUUCAACCGCCAGCCUGAAUGGGUGGUGUACCAUGAGCUUGUGCUCACAACCAAGGAGUAUAUGAGAGAGGUUACUACCAUAGAUCCCCGCUGGCUUGUGGAGUUUGCCCCAGCCUUUUUCAAGGUUUCUGAUCCCACAAAGCUAAGCAAGCAAAAGAAACAGCAGCGCCUAGAGCCACUUUACAAUCGCUACGAAGAGCCCAAUGCCUGGAGGAUAUCACGGGCAUUCAGACGUCGAUGAACCUCAUCCUUGUGUGGCCACAAACUGUUCGAUAUCUCUAUAAUAUACACUCUGAUUUAAGGCAUAUUUGGCCAUGUAUUGUCAUUUUUCUUAAAUCUCAAGGCAAGCGAAGAAAUGUGGCAGUUGAAAGUUACUACCUUCAUCUAAUUGAUACCAUUGUCAAUUUCAGAGAAGUUACUUAUUGUUAGACAGACUUUUUCCUUCUAUUUCUACACUGUCCAUGGAUCAAAAGUUACCAAACAUGUUGGUUAAUAAAUUAAUAUUUCAGUGUUAA